GUGUGGGCCUAUACUUCAGAUGUGUGUGGAGCCUGAAGGUCGGAGUGCUUAGCGUGUGUAUGUGUGUGUAUAUAUGCCUGUGUGUGUGUGUGUGUGUGCGUCAGAUGCACUGUAGGCUACUGAGGCGGCAUCAGCUUGAGCAAGGCAUUUUCUCUUUUACCCCGACAAACCUUCAGGGGGCUUUUAGCAUUUGUUCAGUCUGCAGUCUCUGGAAAACAUCUGAUUCAUUUUUUAACCAGUCCCAGAUGCGGCAGUGUGAGAGUGUGUGUGCAUGAGCGCGUCACUGUGAGUUUGUCAGUGCAUGAGAAUUUGGGGAGAAUAUCUGCUGUCUAGAGAAGGGGAGGGAAAGAAGAAACCGUGUGGAUUUUUUUUUUUUAAUAUAACUUUUUAGGUAUGAACGCAGCGUGCGUCUCAUACUGCGAUAUGACAUCGAUGGAUUCAUAUUAUAGCACGUCUACUGCGCAAGGUAGGGAUCACCAGGCGAACCCGUUCAGGACUUUCCCGAACACUGAAGCCAAAUACAGCCCCACGUUCAUUCCCGGUAAAGGGCAGCCUUACGGAGAGAAGUCCCGGAGUCCUUUCCAGCCGGAGUGCCAGUCAUUGGAUGGCGCUGAGGAGGGCACCUUCAACAAAUACCAACUCUUCAUGCAGCGACCGACCUGCAAAACUCCACCCGAAGGCAACAAGCUGCACCCGGACAGCGGACUCAACGGGACUCUCAUCCCCUGUUAUGGAAAAGACAACAGUGGCCUGACGGAGUCUGAGUUGCCCCAGAGUGUUGACCCUGCUGGGAUGGAAGGCAGCUACCUGAACCUAAAGGUACCUGGUGAGAAGGGGCCGAGCGAGCGGCCGGGCUCAGACCUUUCCAGCCCUCUGGACAAAAGUGAGGCUGAGAGCAACAAAGGCAAGAAGAGACGCAAUCGCACCACAUUCACCAGCUACCAGCUGGAGGAGCUGGAGAAGGUUUUCCAGAAGACGCACUACCCAGAUGUUUAUGCACGCGAGCAACUGGCACUGAGAACAGACCUGACGGAGGCUCGUGUACAGGUGUGGUUCCAGAAUCGUAGAGCCAAGUGGAGGAAGAGGGAGCGUUUUGGCCAGAUGCAACAGGUCCGGACACACUUCUCUACUGCUUAUGAGCUGCCUCUACUGACCCGACCUGAGAACUAUGCACAGAUCCAGAACCCUACGUGGAUCGGGAGCAGCAGUGGAGCAUCUCCAGUGCCUGGCUGCGUUGUGCCUUGUGACCCCGUCCCCUCCUGCAUGCCGCCUCACCCUCACGGUCCUGGUGGUGUUACUGACUUCCUGGGCGUACCCAGUCCAGGAAGCAGCCACAUGGGACAGACACAUAUGGGCAGCCUUUUUGGAGGUCCCGGGAUGGGCGGUGGAAUCAAUGGCUAUGAUCUCAAUGUUGAUCCAGACCGCAAGUCCUCCAGCAUAGCUGCGCUGCGUAUGAAGGCCAAGGAACACAGUGCAGCCAUCUCUUGGGCUACAUGAUGUCCCAGCCCAGUUGCAUCCUGC